AUGCCAGUAUUCCAUAUCAGAACCAAAUACGUGGACGCCUUCAGAUUAAAAGAUGCCUUAUCGAAUUUGUUUUUCCACCGCGGAAGGUUUCUCGCAACAAUCCCGAGGAAUCUUACCGAGGCUGAAAUCAAAUUUUUGAAUGACAGUGUAUCAAGAUAUCAUUAUAUCAAGGCACAAAAUGAACACAUCGAAGGAAGCCGAAAUGGCACGUUGCAAUCAAGCACCACAGCUCCGCAAUAUCCAGCACCAGCUGGCGCUGUAGCUACGGAUGGUAUGAACUUGGAUGAUGAGAUCCCUGAAGCACUGUGGUCUGGAGAAAAGACCACAUCUGUAUCUCUGCCGUUAAAUAUGAGUUUCCCUACAGAUAAACCUCACAUCUCCAUUUCAAUUAGCAUCAAAUACGAGGGACAGGAUGGUAGGGUAACGGAAUGGUUAUACCAGCAGGAGUUCGAAUCCGGAGAGGCAUCCAAAGUCUUCAGCGUGACUGCAUCCUUUUCCUCAUCCGUUGGAUCCGAGUCUCGACCAACUGUUCAAAAGCUCGCUAUUAAACGCCUCAAGGAGUCUACUCCUGCCGAGGAAUUUGUGCGGGAAUACAAAUCUCUGAAACAGAUGAAUCUCCUCCAACAUCCAAAUAUCGUCCAAACCCUAUCAGUUUUUAAGUACGAAUGUGAAGGGAUACAGUAUUUCAAUUUUGCUUUUCCCUUGGCACUUGGGAACCUCAAGCGAUUAUUCCGCGGCGACUAUAACGAGAUACUAAAUUCGAAGGCGUUCGCCACGUUAUGGACACAAUUUAAUGGAUUAGCUAGCGUUGUGGUAUAUCUUCAUGAAACCGUGCGGAGAGCGCAUAGGGAUAUCAAACCUUCCAAUAUCCUCGUCUACGAAGGGAUAAACGACGGAGGGUUAAAUCUCAAAUUGACUGACUUCGGUCUGUCCGUUGAUCUUACUGAGGCUCUUUCGUGGGAGGCAGGUAGCGCUGCAACUCAGUCAGCCGGGGUGUACGAUUCUCCUGGCCUACGAUCCUCCUUGCUCCCCUCCAGCGGAGAUAUAAGGGAAGUCCGGGUUCCGAGCAUCAAAGAGCUUCUCGCUAACGACAUGUGGAGACUUGGGUGUGUCUUCACGGAAUUAGUCACAUUUCUCGUAGAAGGCGGUUCAGAGGGUGUGCUUCGAUUCAAUGAACAUCGGAUAACAGUAGUGGAGAAUGUUUCCUCGGACUCAUUUAGCGACACCAGAUUUGAUGAUGGAGAAAAGGUCAAGCCCCAGGUGCUUAGCUGGAUAAUGAAGCUGGCAUCUGUUAGUGAAGACGCGAACAAAAUCAUGCCCCUCCUUUAUAAGAUGUUAUCUGAGGUGUCAACAAGGCCGACCGCUCGAGAGACCUGCCAACGCCUUCUAGAUUCACGCAUUAGUCAAACGUUCUACGAUGAUGGUAUACGAAUUGUACAGUUCAUCCCUCCGGAUUCUGAACCGAAGAUGAAGCGACUAGACCAGUUCAGGCUCGAAGCAGAACUCCGGCUUGGACGUUCUAUUGAUUGGCAUCCUUUACCUCCUUUAGUGAAACCAUGCGCUGAAGGUAGCGAAAGGGUAGUCUGGCAGUGGGGAGCGCGAGAACUUUCCAUUGUGCUUUCUGAUAGAGAUGCUCUCUAUUAUAAGCUCACCUGUGUGCCGAUAUUUGGAGGGGGGGAGCCUAUACUACCCCUCUCAACCCAACAGGCCAAGGUAAAAAGUACCGCUGCACAUACUCAGGGGUCUUCCGCUCCUCCUUCCCAGCCGACCCAAAGCACAAACAACAGUAGCCAAGAACAGGUACAGAAUAAUCCCAGCUUAACUUCAACGCCGGGCCAAUCUAAACAACUAUAUUGGUGUGUUGAUAGGGUCUUCAGCGAGCCACUACAAACUGUCCUAUUCCCUAUACGAGAGAUCCAAGGACUUCAAGAUGAUGAACAGUUCUACCUUAAAGUAAAUAAAAGGUUUAAUAAGGUAAGGGGAGGUAAGGCCAGGGGAUGGGUCACGGAUUUCUUCUCAUGGAAACGCUGUACCGAGGUAAACUUCAUCAAGUUCCACGUCGUCAAGGAUAACAGCGACCGAGUUUUCCCUACUGCUCAGGAGCUCCCCCCGAGUGGCAGGGGGUACGAACAUCAAAUCAAAUACCCCAAAGAAGUACACAUGCAAAUGGCGGCUAUCCAAAUGGUCACCGGGCUCAUGUAUCCGAAGGAAGCUAGAGGAGAGAAGACGAUGAUUACCAUCCUUCCUAGGAAACUCGUCCCACCUACAGUCGAAAAGAUCAUGGGAGCUGAAGGCUGGGGGUUACACGCGAAGAUGGGGUUCUCUAUCUUGAAAAUUGCCCGUUGGUUCAUUUCAUGCAGCAUAUUGUCGGUUAUUUUUGCAGGCCUAUGGUUGGGGUUCGUUAGCAAUACGGAUUUGCAGAACGCUUUCAUUCCGACUACGGUCCUUUUUUCUAUCAUCACACUUUUUCUGGCUAUCCCGCAGGUGAUGGAAAAAUAG